AUGAGGGGGCGGCUGCUGCGCGCGGCGCGUGCGGGGCUGCAGGCGGCCGGGCCGCCGUGGCGGGUGCUGUUCUUCGGCAGCGACAGCUUCGCCGUCACCGCCCUCGAGGCGCUGGAGGCCGCCAGGCAGCCCGGCCGGGCCCCGCUCCCGCUCGUGUCCCGCCUGGAGGUGGUGGCGCUGCCCGCAGAGCUGCCCGUGCGGCGGUGCGCGCGCCGCCUGCGCCUGCCCACGCACCAGUGGCCGCACACGGGGCCCCGCGGGGCCUUCGACGUGGGCGUCGUGGCCUCCUUCGGGCGCCUCCUGAGCGACGACCUCAUCCUGCAGUUCCCCUAUGGGGUGCUGAAUAUCCAUCCCAGCUGCCUGCCUCGGUGGCGUGGUCCUGCACCGAUAGUCCACGCAGUGCUGCACGGUGACAAAGUAACUGGGGUGACAAUUAUGGAGAUCAGACCAAAAAGGUUUGAUGUGGGUCCAAUUAUUAAGCAAGAAGAGAUCGCUGUUCCUCCCCACUGUACUGCAAAGGAGCUAGAAGCGACGCUGUCACACAUGGGUGCAAACAUGCUCAUCAAUGUUUUGAAAAAUUUACCUGAAAGUUUAAAAAAUAAAAAAGAGCAACCAAAAGAAGGGGUAACAUUCGCUCCUAAAAUAACGAUAGCCAAGAGUUGUGUGAAAUGGGAGGAACAAACAGCUGUGCAGAUAAUACAGCUGCAUCGUGCCAUAGGAAGUAUGUUUCCUUUGCAGACGCUCUGGAAGGGUAGUCCUGUCAAACUCCUGGAUUUUGUGGAAGUGCAUAAUAUCCCUGGGUUUGCUGAUGAAGUAUUAAAUGACCUUGGAGCUGUGCCUGGUUCACUGCUAUACCAUAAACUGUCCCAAACACUGAUAGCUCGUUGCAAGGAAGACUGGGUUGGAAUCAAAGCGGUUGUAUUAAAGAAGAAACUUACAGCAACUGACUUCUAUAAUGGAUAUAUGCACUCUUGGUUCCAGCAGAACUCAACAGCAGUUCAUCAGGAGUGCAGAUUUCAAACACUCAAACUUAAAACAACAAAAGAGACUCUGAAAGAGAGGAAAAUACUCGCACAGGAUACCAACCAAUAAAUAUUUUAAAAUGUUGAAAAGGAUGUCUGUAAGUUAUUAGUAAUGUAAAAGAUUAUAAUUCUUACCAUGUAACAGUAAAUUUGGUUUUCCUAACCAGA